AUGUCAGAAUAUUCAGCUGGACGGGUAUACACCGAAAGUAGGCAGCACUCGACCAUUGCAACUGCUAACCCCUACCUCAAGGAAAAUAGCAAUAAGAACAGCGAAAACAAUAGCAGCCCUAGUAUUUCGAUGUCUUCAAGUAAUGUGGUGACAAGUUGUGAUCAAGAGACCUUUAUUCCACAACUACAACCACCACAGCUCAAGGCUUCAAAGGGCGGUCCACCAGUUCCAAACUUUGAGUACGUUUCAUAUGACAAGGUCCAAGACCUGUACGACCAGAACAAGGGAUCUCUCUACUUUAUUCCCGAAGGGUUUGAACCAGUAUUAGUUCCGAACGAUGCGAAAGCUACAUCGGUGACUAACCUAUUGGAAAAUGCAAAGCCAGUGUCAAAUGCGCCCAAUGUUUCAAGGAUGCUUCCAGACACUGACGUCCGUCUGCCAUCCUUUGCGCUUCCAUGCGGAGUUGCCGGACCCACACCAAAAGCCACGUCCGCAAAUUCGAAAACAAAGGUCAAGAAACCGCCGAGACCACCGAAUGCCUUCAUUUUGUACCGAAGAGCCAAGCAACCAGGGAUCGUGGCCAAGAAUCAAGGCAUCACCAAUAAUGAGGUUUCCAAGGAAAUCGGUAGAAUGUGGCACGAGGAACCGCAAGAGGUCAGAUCUAAAUUCCAGAAGAUGGCAGAUGCGGCCAAGCAAGAACAUAUGAAAAAGUACCCAGAGUACCGAUACCGCCCAAGAAGACCGCAAGAAAGGAAACGUAGGAUUCAACCACGUGAAGAUUCACCGCCAACUCAGGGUUCCACACCAACCUUGUCGUCUCAAAAUUUGUCGAUGAUCGAUAGUGCAGCAUUUUUCCCAAGACGAAUUUCAAUAUCAACUGACGGUGAAAAUUCCGAAAUCUACACCCCAACCACCAUGGUGACUUCUCACAACACCAAUAUCAUUCAAAAUUCCCAUCAACAUUUGUUGUACGCAAACGGCUCCCUAACGAGUUCGCCACAGCAACUCGGUUACUUGGACCCCACAAUGGGAAAAUAUGAAUAUGGGUCAUAUAUUGAUGACCAAAAUUCAUAUGACGGCAGCCCGAUAUCAAAUGCGGCAACAUUUGUAAACCCCCCUAUGACAACAUCUGGUGGCAUGAUUGACUUUAGUGUGUUUGAUGCUCCCAAUCAAACCACGACAGGAGAGGCCAUGAGCUACCUUGAAUUUGUAGACCCAUACGACCAGUAUGACAACAUGGCCCCUCUUAACUUUGAUGAACAAUACCAACAAGUCGUGAAAUUCGAUUAUUAA